UUUAGUUCAGUAUAAUCAGGGUCUGUGAUAGAGUUUCCUGUCAUUUUUCAAUGUAACACAUAGUACGAUUUUACAGUCCAUGUAUCCCUAGUAACCAAGUUUUUAUAACAUUUUAUACAAAAAAAAUGUAGUUACUUAUAACUCUACCUUUGACAUUAUAUCCACUAGGUUUUUAUACACAAAGUACUUAAUAUUUAAUAUAAUGCUUUUUAGCUAUGGACAUCAACAUUGCACAAAUACACAACCUAAACUAAUCAGCGUUAUCCAGUUUUACCGGUAAGGGACUAAUUUCAUUCGAAGGAAAGACAACCUUUACAUUAACAAAAUGUAAACAAUUUAAAAAAAAUAAAAAAUUAGCAUAGUAUGUGCCCCAAUGUUAUAGUUGCACAUGUUAAAAACCUCCUACUCUUAUAUGUCUUACACUAAAGGAUUAGAAGAUUCUGAUACCAAUCUUUCUCCGCUGUCAUGUAAACUGUCACGGAAAGUAAACCAGCAGUUGGACUCUUCACAGCUGUGUCAAUCCUCCCCGAGAGUGAAGCAGUACGAUGUUACGGAGCUGUGUCAAUCCUCCCUGAGAGUGAAGCAGUACGAUGUUACGGAGCUGUGUCAAUCCUCCCCGAGAGUGAAGCAGUACGAUGUUACGGAGAUGUGUCAAUCCUCCCCUAGAGUGAAGCAGUACGAUGUAACGGAGCUGUGUCAAUCCUCCCUGAGAGUGAAGCAGUACGAUGUUACGGAGCUGUGUCAAUCCUCCCCGAGAGUGAAGCAGUACGAUGUUACGGAGAUGUGUCAAUCCUCCCCUAGAGUGAAGCAGUACGAUGUAACGGAGCUGUGUCAAUCCUCCCUGAGAGUGAAGCAGUACGAUGUUACGGAGCUGUGUCAAUCCUCCCCGAGAGUGAAGCAGUACGAUGUUACGGAGAUGUGUCAAUCCUCCCCUAGAGUGAAGCAGUACGAUGUAACGGAGCUGUGUCAAUCCUCCCUGAGAGUGAAGCAGUACGAUGUUACGGAGCUGUGUCAAUCCUCCCCGAGAGUGAAGCAGUACGAUGUUACGGAGAUGUGUCAAUCCUCCCCUAGAGUGAAGCAGUACGAUGUAACGGAGCUGUGUCAAUCCUCCCUGAGAGUGAAGCAGUACGAUGUUACGGAGCUGUGUCAAUCCUCCCCGAGAGUGAAGCAGUACGAUGUUACGGAGCUUUGUCAAUCCUCCCCGAGAUGGAAGCAGUACGAUGUUACGGAGCUGUGUCAAUCAUCCCCGAGAUGGAAGCAGUACGACGUUACGGAGCUGUGUCAAUCCUCCCCGAGAUGGAAGCAGUACGACGUUACGGAACAUAGUCAAGGUCAAAGUGACCUCAUUGUACUACUUUACGCAACACAUUAUCGCAUUACAAUUUUUACUUUCAAACAAAAUAUAAUGAAUGCAUAUAUUUCAGAUAACACAAGUUUCAGGAAAAAAUGUUUUAGACGUCUUUAAGCCUGUAUCAAUAAAAUAUCUGCAGUUUACAGUAAAAUAACUUUUUAGCAAAAUUCUAAUAACUUAACUUUCUCAUGUUACAAAGACAUGAUAAAGGAUUUUGUUGUUGUUUCAUCUUCAUUUUAAUUAAGAAUCCUAUUAGUUUAUAUUUUGAUACAAGUUCUGUAUGAUCCUCUUCACCGAUCCCAAAAUAUUUGACAAAAAUAGAAAUUUAAAAUAAGUUGUGACAUAACAUUCUUAAACAAUAGUACCGCGGGGCGGAACAUUAAACGCCUGUUGAAUGCCAUAUAGUGUUAUAUACUUCCUUACAUUGAAAUAAGA